AUGGAUGGAGUCAUCGAGUGUCUGCCACAUUUUAUCGCAUCUUCCAUCAGCGCUGUUAAAAUAUUAAAUAUGUAUUUCAACAGGCGAAGUUUUGACAAAUUGUUCCAACUUGUGGCAAAACAAUGGCAGGAGCUGAAAUUAAACGGCGAACUGCACGUUCUAGAGGAAACCGUCAUGCAAGGCAACAGGAUGGCGCAAUUUUACCAUAACACUUUAGUAUCUUUUAUGGGAUUGUUCCUGCUGGUGCCACUAGUUUUCCCCAUUCUCGAUAUUGUUCAUCCAAUAAACGGGACUCGAACACGCCGACAACUACUAAGAGUUAAUUACAUAUUUUUUAACGGUGAUGAUUAUUUUUUCUACAUAUACUUGCAAUUAUUUUGUGCAGCAGCUGUUGUUGUGUUCACCGUAAUUAGUGCAGACUGGUUAUACAUGCUAAUAAUUCAUCACGCCAGUGGAUUAUUUGCAGUCUGUGGACACCGAGUUCAAAAAGCAACUGUGAGUCCAAACAACUCUACUGGCACAGGUGUUUCUGAAAAUUACACGUAUGAAAAGAUCCGGAAUUGUGUGAUAAUGCACAGUGAAGCCAUACUAUUUUACGAUAUAUUGAACGGAAGCAGUCAAGGUAGUUACUUAAUUCAGGUUGGAUUAAACAUAUUGAGUAUAAGCACAGCAGCAGUUCAAACCGUAGUAAACUUGGACAGACCGGAUGAAGCAAUGCGAAGUGCUGUAUUUUGUGGGGCUAGUCAAUUUCAUUUGUUUCUACUCAGCUUACCUGGCCAGGUUCUCCUGAAUCAUUGCUCUGAUUUAGCAGAUAAUAUUUACAGCUCCAAAUGGUAUAAGGCACCCGUGCAGAUUCAAAAAGUACUAUACGUGAUGCAAAUAAGAUGCAAAAGAUUUUGUUCGUUGAUGGCAGGUGGAUUGUACGAAAUGAAUAUAGAAAACUUCGGGAUAGUACGUCUCAAUCUAAUGCUAUUAUAAAUUUGUGUGAAGUACUGUGCAGAUAUCUUUCAGGUGAAUUUCGUACUUUAUAUUCUAGAACUGCCAUU